GGCGCUCACACCUGUGUGCAGUUUAAAGGUGCUAAUGACCACAGGUGGGCAGAUUGUGCAUUAGUGGUGUUGCUGGCUUCAUCUGCUUUGUUUCCCCUCCCGAGAGGAUCCCUGCUCAGCCUCUGGUCCCAGACUACCUCUGCUAAUCCCACCAGUGGAGAUGAUGGUGGCCAAGGUUCAAAGGUUCUUCUGAACUCUGUCUGUUAUUUAUGAGUUCUCAUUCUGUGUGUGUCGGCCUUCAGUGCAGAGGAAGAGGAUCUGCUGCACACACACACCUCACACACACACCUCUACCCGCCUGUCAGCUGGGAGUGGAGUGAAACACCUGAGAGGACCGACAGCAGCACCAUGGACGCCCUUCUCCAGUUGCUGUUCUCGCCUCUCCCGACCUCGGCCAUCAUCUUGCUGUUGGCCGUGGCGGCUGCGACCCUGUUCUACCUCAACACGCGGCCCAGCCCCCUCCGGUCGCCCUUUGACCUCAAGUGUCAGACUGUGGGCAUCAAGGAUGGAGCGAGGAAGUCCGCGCUGAUGGAGGACAACAACAACCUGACAGCGUAUCAGUACAGUGACAGCAAGACGCUGUACGAGGUGUUUCAGAGAGGUCUCAAAGUUUCAGGUAACGGACCAUGUUUGGGCUACAGAAAACCAGGAAGGCCGUAUCAGUGGCUCAGGUACAAACAGGUGUCUGACAGAGCCGAGCACCUCGGGUCAGGGCUCCUGCAGAAAGGCUUGAAGCCCAAUACCGACACUUUUAUUGGCAUCUUUGCUCAGAACAGACCUGAGUGGAUUAUUAGCGAACUGGCCUGUUACACCUACUCCAUGGUAGCGGUCCCCCUGUACGACACCCUCGGUCCUGAGGCGCUGGUGUUCAUUAUCGACCAAGCUGAGAUCUCCACGGUACUGUGUGACAAUCAAAACAAGGCAGAAACUCUGCUGCAGACCCGUGAGAAAGGCCAGACUCCAGUUCUCAAAACAGUCGUCAUCAUGGACUCCUUCGACUCGGCGUUGGUCGAGAGGGGAACAAAGUGUGGGGUGGACAUCGUGUCCAUGCAGGAUGUGGAGGCUCUGGGGAGAAAUAAUCUCCAAAACCCAGUUCCCCCGAAGCCGGAUGAUCUCAGUAUUGUUUGCUUCACCAGUGGAACGACAGGAAACCCAAAGGGAGCCAUGUUGACCCAUGAGAAUGUGGUUUCUGACGCAGCAGGCGUCCUCAAAGGCUUUGAGACGGCGGUUGUUCCGACCACGCAGGAUGUGAGCAUUUCAUUCCUGCCCUUAGCGCACAUGUUUGAGAGAGUCGUCCAGACUGUGAUGUACGGUGCCGGAGCGAAGGUGGGAUUCUUCCAGGGUGACAUCAGACUGCUGCCAGACGACAUGAAAACCCUGCAGCCCACCAUUUUCCCAGUGGUGCCUCGACUUCUCAACCGCGUCUACGACAAAGUUCAGAGUGGCGCCAAAUCGCCUUUCAAGAAAUGGCUGUUGAGCUUCGCUGUGGAGAGGAAGUACGCUGAAGUGAGGGAGGGCAUCAUCAGGAACAACAGCCUGUGGGACAAACUCAUCUUCCACAAAGUCCAGGAGUCUCUGGGAGGACGAGUGCGGGUCAUGGUGACGGGAGCAGCACCCAUAUCUCCAUCGGUCCUCAACUUCCUCAGGGCUGCUCUGGGUUGCCAGAUCUUUGAGGCUUACGGCCAGACGGAGUGCACAGCCGGCUGCACCUUCACCGCACCCGGAGAUGCCACCUCGGGUCACGUCGGGGUGCCGCUGCCUUGUAACAUUGUGAAGCUGGUGGAUGUUGAAGAGAUGAACUACUUUGCUUCAAAUGGCGAAGGCGAAGUCUGCAUUAAGGGCAGAAAUGUGUUCAAAGGAUACUUGAAAGACCCGGAGAAGACCGCAGAGGCCUUGGAUGAAGACGGUUGGCUCCACACGGGAGACAUCGGAAAAUGGCUUCCAAGUGGAGUUCUGAAGAUUGUUGACCGGAAGAAGAACAUCUUCAAGCUGGCUCAAGGAGAAUACAUCGCGCCAGAGAAGAUCGAGAACGUCUAUGUCCGCAGUGGACCUGUGGCCCAAGUAUAUGUGCAUGGAGACAGUCUACAGUCCUGCCUGGUCGCCAUUGUGGUCCCUGACCCGGAAGUCCUGCCUGGUUUCGCAAAGGAUCUGAACUGCCAAGGCUCCAUCGAAGAACUCUGCAAAAACACAGAGGUUAAAAAGGCAAUUCUUUCAGACAUGACCAAACUCGGCAAAGAAGCAGGACUCAAGUCCUUCGAGCAGGUGAAAGAUAUUUACCUCCACGCAGAGCAGUUCACCAUCGAGAACGGCCUGCUGACUCCGACCCUGAAGGCCAAGAGGGCCGAACUCAAAACUCUCUUCCAGCCACAGAUCGACAAACUGUACGCCAACAUGUAAUAAAUGAAAUGAACCUACA